GGUGCUCAGCUCCUCCACUCCUCAGUCGCUGCUGAAUCACUCGCUUGCCUCCUACUCUGCCGGUCGCUCUGCCUCGCUGUGCUCUGCCUGCCUCAGAUCAGAAUGGUCCAGCCGGUGCCCGGGGGUCUGCUGUCGCAGCCUGUCUGAACGCACGCACGCACGCACGCACGCACACAGUCAGACAGACACACGCAGAGGAUCCGUACCAGGAAGCACACGCACACCAACUGGACAGCUAUGUGAGAGAGGAAGUGCCUUCCCUGAUGUCUGCUGCAGCUUUGACCUGCUUCUCCAGCUGAAGCUCCACCCAGCCCCCUGCACCGCCUUGCACGCUUUCUGCCACAGCAACACGAGUACGAGGAAAGUGACCUCACCCUCUCGCAGCCUACGCUCCAACCUGCUCGUCCAUUUUCCCUAACCACCAUCCUCUUAGCAAAGCCCAAAAUCAGCUCCUUCAGACGGCCUCGCUGCCAACUGCUGUCCAUCGGCUGACCAGCCACACAUCACCGGGCUCUCACACACACACACCUUGCCUUUCACCUUCGCCUUUGAUCUGGUGAGCCUCCUCUCGGUCCUCAGUGUCCUUAACCUCUGUGGAGCAGGCUGCACUUAAACUGUCACCUUUGUUGCCUGCAUCACUGCAUCAAACCUGAGAGGGUCUUGUCCUGGCUUGUCCAUCUCGUCCUCCUCCAUUGUUGCAUGUGAAUGCUUUAGAUAAAACUGUUCGUGCAGCAAUAAACAGGCAGAGAACACUAUCAAGCAGAGAGUGACAGAUCCAUCUUUAGGCUCAGACGUUUCCUGGAUAUAAUCAUUUUGACAAGAAAAAACAUUAAAAUGAUCCAGUAACACCUCCAACCAUACCCUGUGCUUUAACAUUUGACUCCAGAAGAGGGGGCACCUCGCUUCACCACAGCGUUCCUCUUUGGAUGUUUCACUUCAUCGUCACUCACAAGUGUCGCAGACGUUAAUAACACCAACAAAUAAACACACAAACGCCCCCUAUCUGUGGAUUAAGUCGCCAGAAGGACUCUCUGAAUACGUAUUGAAGACGAACGGUCAUGGCAAUGAACAUAGCACAUAUCCGCGAUACAAAGUGGCUGACACUGGAAGUAUGUCGGGAGUUCCAGAGGGGCGCAUGCUCCCGCUCUGACCAGGAGUGCAAGUUUGCUCAUCCGGCCAAAAGCUGUCAGGUGGACAAUGGACGGGUCAUCGCUUGCUUCGACUCACUUAAGGGCCGUUGUUCCAGGGAGAACUGCAAGUAUCUGCACCCUCCUCCACACCUAAAAACUCAGCUGGAGAUCAAUGGCAGGAACAACCUGAUCCAGCAGAAGAACAUGGCCAUGUUGGCCCACCAGAUGCAGCUCGCCAAUGCCAUGAUGCCUGGCACGCAGCUGCCGCCUAUGGUGAGAGGACACACACGUAUGAACAUACCACAGCAUCUGCACAUGCCCAUGUUCUCAGUGACGCCAGGCUUGCCCACAAACGCCAGUGCAGCAGCAGCGGUCGCCGCAGCCUUUAAUCCCUACCUGAGCCCAGUCUCACCCAGCCUGAUGCCCCCAGAGAUCCUACCCAGCACCCCUGUCCUGAUGGCCUCCAGCCCCACCAUGAGCCAAGUCCCCAACGCUGCUGCUGCAGCCCAGAAGCUGCUGAGAACAGACAGACUUGAGGUGUGUAGGGAGUAUCAGAGGGGAAACUGCUCCCGCGGUGAGAACGACUGUCGCUUCGCCCACCCCGCUGACAGCACCAUGAUCGACACCAACGACAACACGGUCACCGUGUGCAUGGACUACAUCAAGGGUCGAUGCUCCCGAGAAAAGUGCAAGUACUUUCACCCACCAGCCCAUCUGCAGGCUAAGAUCAAGGCGACUCAGCACCAGGUGAACCAGGCCACAGCCGCCGCAGCCAUGACUCAGUCGGCUGUCAAAUCACUGAAGCGACCCCUCGACGCAACCUUUGACCUGGGCAUCACUCCUAGUGUCAUGGCUCCCCUUCCAAAGCGGGCAGCCCUGGAGAAGGCCAACGGUGCCUCUGCCAUGUUUAACACUGGCAUGCUCCAGUACCAACAGGCCCUGGCCAACAUGCAGUUUCAGCAGCAGGCUGCUUUCCUUCCAUCAGUUCCCAUGAUGCACGGUGGUAAUCCAGCCACUGUGUCUGCAGCCACCACAUCUGCCACAAGUGUUCCCUUCGCAACUGCCUCCACCAAUCAGGACUCUUCCUUAUCAAAGUUGACUACCAACGAAUACAUGCAAUUGAUUCCAAUAAUAUCUGCAGAUCAUCUGAGUAGUCACAAGUUCCUAACUCAAAUGUAGUUCCUCUUAAGAACAAUCAAAUGAAUGUGUGCUGGCACAGUCCAAGCCAAAAGAGUUCAGCCUUUAUGUAGAUAACCUUCAGAAUGUUAUAAACAACAGGACGAGGAGGAGCUGCCAUCUCUAGCCCAGUCCACCGCGAUGGUCUCAUCACACAUGCAAACAUCAAGGGUGCAACACACGAUCUGUGCCAUCGUCCCACAUAUCAAUUAUCUAGAAGAAUUUGCCGUCAAAUUCAACGUCCAGCCAAAAGAAGGAGGUCCUUCGUGCCAGGGUUAGUGUUUGUCUCCGCCCAUGUGGGAAGUGUUGACAUUACACCUCUGUGUCUGACUAUCUCAUAGCACUCAAUUUGCUCUAAUUGUUAUCAAUACUGCACUCACAGAAGGUCAAGAGCGCGGUUGCCUCGGGCGACUCCCAGUGCUGGUACGUUAGUAGACCAAGAUCUUUAUUUUCCUUUUUUUUAUUUGUUCUGCUUUAUUUUUGUUUUAAACAAUAGCCAUAUUUUUCAUAGUUUACAAGACGUGCACCUUGAAUUUCAAUUUAAAUCUGAAAGGCACAAUAAUAAUUUUAACAGAUUUUGUUUUUCUUUUCAAAAGAAUUAGAAAUGUACAGUAUUGUGUUUUUAUGGCUACUAGUGAAACUAGAUGUUGAAAUGAGGGUCUUGGACAAAUGAAUGUUCUGGGUGAUCCAACAUACCUGUGUAUCUUGAAAGCACAGCCAGGCUAACUUUUUUCUCACCUUGUCAUGUGCCAUCUAGGCCAUACAGCUAAAACCAGAGUGUUAUCUCAGCAGUGUUAUUUGUUUACCGAGGGUAAAAAAAGAAAGAAAAAAAAAGAAGAAAAAAGAUGUAUGGCUUUUUUAUUAUUUUGUUUCCAAAAUCUCCAUUUUAAGUGUUUUUUUUUUUAUUUUUACUUUAAUCUUAUUAAUUUGUUUUAGACGUGGGUUUUUUAAAAAAUGUUAUAAUUAUUAUUUUUUUUAUUUUUAAAUUGAAAAUGUUGGGUUUUCCUGAAGUCUGUACCUCUGUUAAUAGAUUAGCAUUUUCUUACUGGGAUUAAGUUGUUGCUCAAGUCCAUUGACUCUAAAGCCUGGUGAAAUGGAGGGGUGUAGCUUCGAUUGACAUUGUGUUACCUUGUUUUCCCUCUUUUAAAGAGAGGCAACUCUAAAACUGUGUCUCCAAAAAAAAAGCACUAUUGAGCCAUGUGUAGAUAGGAAUAGAAAAAAAAAAAAACAACCGACCCAAAGGUCUAUUAGGUCAUUGAAACCACAUGUGCACUUGAGUGAUUGUUCGUCCAACCACCGUGUUUAAAUCCCACAUCCAGUCGUCAUCAACCUUAAAACUUUUUACGUCGAAUUCAACGUAUGACUUGCGUUUCAAGCAGAGCAUGAAGGUUGUCGUUCACUUGUAGAUGUGACUAUGGAAACCAAAGCACAGUUUUUCUUCAUAGUCGUGUUCACGAGCAUCUUCACCGAGGCUCCAUCAAAUAAGGAAACAUGUUUAUCCUCCAUUAUCUGAUGAUUUUAGUAUGAACACGUCCUUUUUUUUUUCAUUUUCACACGUGUGUGUGCGUGUUUGUGUGUCGUGUGUCUUUACCGAUUGUAAUGUAACCUAACAAAGCCUUAGAUUGCAAUGAAUGGGUCGCGACCCAAUCAAAUGUACUUUCAAUCACCAUGCAGGUAAAGAACACCAAUGAUGUUUUAUAUCACAAGGCUCUUAUGAUUUUAAUUUUUUUUUUGGUUUGUUCAUUUUCUCUAUGUAAAGAUAACAAAUACUCUUAAAAUUUAAUUGAACUUGUGUUAUGUACUACUUAAGGAUUUGAAUCUAUUGAGGUAUGUAGUUGUAGAUUUUUUUUUUUUUGCCUUACUAUAUAUUACUUGACAACAUUGAUAUAGCCGUUGUAGAUUUUGAGGUAGUAUACAUUCAUAACUUUAUCAAACCAUAUAAAGGAUAAUAUUUUGAGUCAGUUUUAAAUAUUCACUUCGUUCAUAUAGCUGAUGUCCAUUUCAGUUGAUGUUACAUUAUCACUUAAUUUUGUUAAUGAAAGAGAUUUUUUUUUAAACUCGAGAAAUGAAUUUAAUUAUUUUUUUCUGCUGCCAUCGCAGCAUCUCCUAGCUAAGAGAAGACGACAAAAGCAGAUUAUUUCCUUGCGAACAUGUGGAGAUAUAUUGUAUUAAGAUAGAGAUUGUCCAUGUUUUAAGAGUACAAAUUAUUUUCUACUGUAUCCAUUUCAAAAAAGAGAUAUGUACUUUUGUUGGACUAUUUCUUAAGUUUGCCCUGAAUGUCAGGCCAAAUCGAGCAGUGAAAUUAACGGGUGUUUGGAUGUUCGGUCGGUAGUGAGAUUGGGGAAAGACUUUUCCAGGCCGAAAAGGUCCGUAAUGCUGCAGAUGAUGAGUUCUAACCUAAGUGACGAAGGUUGACUUUUUGCACUUCUGUAUAUAGUCAAAUGAACAGAGAAAAAUGUGUAUCAUAUUGAGAUAUUAUUUUGAAUAAAAAAAAA